AUGAGGAAGCUUGGCUUUGAGGAUAGAUGGAUAAAUCUGGUUAUGUCUUGUUUGCGGUCAGUGACUUACUCGAUGGUGAUCAAUGGCAAUCCGGUUGGGCAUAUUCGUCCUACUAGGGGAAUUAGACAGGGGGAUCCUAUAUCCCCCUACCUAUUUCUCCUCUGUGCAGAAGCUUUAAGUGGCCUGUUAUCUAAGGCAGUGCAUUCAGGAACUAUCACAGGGAUCCCAACUUCUCCCAAGGGUCCUCGAAUUAGUCACCUUUUCUUUGCGGAUGAUAGUUUGCUUUUCUGUAGAGCAAAUUCAGUGGAAUGGAGGAGGUUAAUCAGAAUUUUGGGGGUUUAUGAGGUUGGCUCGGGUCAAAAGCUAAAUCUGGACAAAACUUCUGUUUUCUUUAGUCGUAAUACCAGCCAAGAAAAAAGGCAAGAAAUCCUUAAGCUGUCUGGACUAUCUGAGGCUCUUCGCUUUGAUACCUAUCUAGGGCUCCCAUCUCUUAUAGAGUCUUCACUUGGGAAUAAACCUAGCUUUGUUUGGAGAAGUAUUUUUGCAUCAAAAGACUUGCUCAAGCAAGGGCUGGUGUGGAGGGUUGGUGAUGGAAAAAGUAUUCAGAUUUGGCAGGAUCGGUGGUUACCUACCCCUAUAUCCUAUUCGGUACAAUCCCCACAACGUAUCAUUGGAGCUGAUUCUCGGGUUGAGGCUUUAAUUGAUCCUGAGGUGUGUGCUUGGAGGGUAUCUUUAAUCCAGGAGAUUUUUAAUGCAGAAGAGGCAAAAGUGAUUGUUAAUAUUCCUUUGAGCCCUACCCUUCCUCCCGAUAAGCUUAUAUGGAAUGGGACCUUAGAUGGAAUCUUCUCGGUGAGGAGUGCUUAUCAUAUGGGAAUGGAGUUCCAGGCACACGGUCAAGGUAGCACAUCUUCUGCUGAGAAAGCCCAAGAUGUGUGGGGAGGGGGGCCUAUUGUUUUCCAUAAAUGCAAGACUGAAGGUGGAAGUUUCAAUCUGUUAAUGGAUGUAUGCUUAAAUCGACUAAGCAAGGAAGACUUGGAAUUAAUGGCAGUUAUUUGUAGACGGAUUUGGCUUAGAAGAAAUAAGAUGGUUUUUGACCAAAUUUUUACUCCCCUCGGUGUUGUAUAUGAGGAGGCUGUUAGAUCCCUUGAAGAUUUCAGAUUAUGUAAUUCCAUUGAGGGACAUGAAAGUACUCAUAGAGGGGGAGUUGCAGCCCCAGUUCUUGUUGCUUGUUGGCAAGCUCCUCCAUGUAGUAAGAUUAAAAUUAAUUGGGAUGCAUCUCUCAAUAAGGGCAUGGAUAUCAUUGGGAUUGGAGUGGUAGUUCGGGACAGUUCCGGAAAUUUUCUAGGUGGCCGUUGCAUUUCAAAACAGUUGAGAGUGGAUCCGCUUAUGGCUGAAGCUAUGGCUGCUAUGGAGGUUGUUAUUUUUAGUAGGGAGGCAGGUUUUUUUGAUGCUAUUUUUGAAGGGGACUCCUUGCAAGUUGUUAAAGUCAUCAAUGCUAGUUCUCCAAAUUUAUCCAAGAUUGGUCAUUUUAUAGAGAGUAUACAAUCUGAAUUGCGUUAUUAUAGGAGUGCUUCUUUUGUCCAUGUUUCUAGGGAGUUUAAUAGUGUUGCUCAUGCUCUUGGAAAAGAAGCUUCUUGUAGUUUGAGGGAUUCAGUUUGGUUAGAAGAAGUCCCAAAUUUUAUUGCUGUUGUUGUACUUAGGGAACAAUUGCGUCCCUAG